AUGGCAUUAAGGCCUUGUUCCAUCCUGCCCAGAUUUCACGGUGGCACCGUGAAAACGAGUAUGCGCCUGAUAUACAGGUCGACACCAAUGCUUCAUCGCACAAACAUGCCCCUGCAGCUGAGCGCGCAGGAUCCAGAUGUUUCCAGCCUCACCGACUACUUCGACCUCGUCACCAUCUUGCAGCCAAGCAGUGCAGCCUCUUGGACAGAUCCAGAGGCCGAAAUGUCCGAAAAAGGCCAUUCGAAGCAAGUUUACAGCGACCAACCCAAAAUCGACUUGGCGUGGCUGCCAUGUGGGGCUCCUCCGCAGGCAGGCUACACUUCCGAGCCCGUUUCCUUGGAUCUGCCGCUGAACGAUGGUGCGACGCCCCAAAGACGGAAGGCCAGCUCCCUCCAUGGGCUCAGCAACGCCGCUGAAGAGAGCCUCCUGAAGGCUCAGCAGCAGUUUUGGUGCCAACAGCUCAAGCUGCAUGACCAGAUAGAGGAUAUCAAGCCUCUGUAUGCAAAGCUGUGGCUAAAAGCGAUCGACGAGGAGGAGACGCAGGUUGCGGAGAAAGUGCGGCUUGAAACAGGAGCCGCUGUGAAGACGGAUGAAGGCGAGGCAGAAAGGAACGACUCCGGGGAGGACGAGACGGAGGAGGAUGGUUCAGACGAUGACACUGAGGAAGGCAGCGACGAAAGCGAACUUUCGGACGGGGACAUGGACUUGGAUGCGCAUCAAGGCACAAAGUGGCAAAGCGCAUCGCCCCUCGACAGACCGUCAGAUGCCGCAGCGUUUGAGCAGCAGCGUGCAAGGCGUGACAGCAGUGCCAGCUCGGUCCUCUCCGCCAGAGAUCAGGUGUUCAAGAAGCUGCAGAAGAUACUGACUGCGAAAGCCCGGAGAAAAUCACGCCGGACUUGCAACAUAUUCUUGGUCUCACCCGUUGAAGGUGAGAAUGCAUCUUUAGUUCUGCCACCCUUCAGCCCCAGCGAGGUCUUUGGGCCAGCGGAUGUUGAGCGAAUGAAGCAAGUACGAGACUCCCCGCCGAAGUGUCCAGGCCCCGAAGGCCUUCGAAUGCUCAAGGAGUUGGUUGCCGAGAUCAAGAAGGUCGAAGCUGCGAGUGAGUCUGCUUCCAUUUACAUGGGUGGUGCUUCGAUGCAGGCCGAACAGGCACCAUCCGUUACCUGCAUCCGAGUUCCAUGUGUCGUGAAAGCUUGGCACGCCCAUGUUAGGCUUGAGGAUGUGACACGCUCUCGGAUGUGUGCCUUUUGCAGCAACUCCGAGGAGUGUUGCCAAGAGUGUGAAGAUAGAGGCCUGGAAGGCAUUAUUCUUGCCCGAAUAGGGUUCCAGAAUCGCUUCUGUGCCCUGUACACAAUUCGCAUUCGUGCCAGGGUUGCCCGUGCAAGUCGCAACUACAAGCAGCGACAUGCUUCAGGUUUCAGGAGCUUUGAAGAUUCAUGGGCAACCCUUGCUUGA